UAAGUUAACGAGAUGGACGGUCUUGACAGCAUAUUUGCUGCGCUGUCAAUAUGAAAAGCUAUUGGAAUGUUCGGUCAAUUUGUGAGGUUAGGAAAGACACGCAAUUUUCACGCCGAUUGGAGUUUUUUUGCUGGGGGCUCAUAGGAAAUCCCUAAAAGACUUCAGUAUAUUAGCUUCGUUACCAAAAGUGUUAGCGAUCGUUAGCAGUAUUACUUAUGUUCAGCAUUUGAAUAAGAUAGAAUUAUAAUGUUGUUUCUAAGAACUUUAACGGCAGCGAAGAGGAUUUCGUCAUGCCAGUUAUUUGUUACGAAUACACGGGUUUGUCUAUUCAGUGGCACGCAAACUUUAGGUUUACCAAGCAAAAGAACUAAACUUGAACUAAAACGACGCUUAAAGGCGGAACAAAAAGCAAAAGAAAAGGCGGAAAAGGAGGCCUCAAAAGCGGCAGCCGCUCCAGCUGCUGGCGGCGAGAGCAAGAAAAAAAGCGCUUCCGCUCUUGAAGAGGAAAUCUCACCUAAUGAGUACUUUAAAUUGCGUUCGGCUGCUAUAAGUGAUCUAAAGAAAUCUCCUGAAACCGAUCCCUACCCACAUAAAUUCCACGUUAGUAUAUCAUUGGAAAACUAUAUUAACAAAUACUCUAAUCUUAAGGAUGGUGAAAUGUUGGAGAACGAAACAUUGAGUAUUGCAGGACGUGUCCAUGCCAUACGUGAAUCGGGGGCUAAGCUCAUUUUUUACGAUUUACGUGGCGAAGGUGUGAAACUUCAAGUUAUGGCAAAUGCAAAGUUAUACAGCAAUGAGCAGGCAUUUGAAGUAGAUACGGGAAAAAUUCGUCGUGGAGAUAUAAUUGGUAUCAAUGGUUACCCAGCAAAGACCAAAAAAGGAGAAUUAUCAAUUGUUCCAAAGGAGAUCAAACUACUUUCUCCCUGUUUGCAUAUGUUGCCACAUCUUCAUUUCGGCUUGAAAGAUAAAGAAACCCGUUAUCGUCAACGAUAUCUGGAUUUGAUUCUUAACAACAGAGUAAGGGAAAUUUUCCAAAUACGUGCAAAAAUAAUUUCCUACAUUCGUCAAUUCUUUGAUCAAAUGGGCUUCCUUGAAAUUGAAACACCAAUGAUGAACAUGAUUGCUGGGGGAGCUACGGCUAAACCAUUCAUUACGCAUCACAAUGAUUUAAACAUGGAUCUUUACAUGCGUAUAGCACCUGAAUUAUACCAUAAAAUGUUGGUUGUUGGUGGAUUGGAUCGAGUCUACGAAAUCGGCCGACAAUUCCGUAAUGAAGGCAUUGAUUUAACUCACAAUCCCGAAUUUACCACAUGUGAAUUUUAUAUGGCCUACGCCGAUUACCAUGAUAUAAUUGAAAUAACAGAACAAUUGGUCUCGGGCAUGGUAAAGGCCAUUCACGGCACUUAUAAAAUUAAAUACCAUCCCGAAGGACUAGAAGGCCCAGAAGAAGAAAUUGACUUUUCACCACCAUUUAGGCGUGUUAGCAUGAUAAAAACCCUCGAAGAAAAAUUAAAUGUUAAAUUUCCACCUUCAAUUGACUUUAACACUAAAGCGACAAAUGACUUCCUAUCCAAUUUGUGUACUAAACACAAUGUGGAAUGUCCGGCGCCAAGAACAACAGCAAGAUUGCUCGAUAAACUAGUUGGGGAAUUUAUUGAAGAAACAUGUAUCAAUCCCACAUUUAUAUGUGAUCAUCCUCAAAUUAUGUCUCCCUUGGCUAAAUAUCAUCGCAGUGAACCCGGUUUAACGGAACGUUUUGAACUUUUCGUAAUGAAGAAAGAAGUUUGCAAUGCAUACACCGAAUUAAACGAUCCCGUGGUACAAAGGGAACGAUUCGAGCAGCAAGCUAGCGACAAGGCAGCAGGUGAUGAUGAAGCUCAAUUGGUUGAUGAGAACUUUUGCACAGCACUAGAGUAUGGACUGCCACCAACAGGAGGUUGGGGUAUGGGUAUUGACAGAUUAACCAUGUUUUUAACCGACUCAAACAAUAUUAAAGAAGUUUUGUUAUUCCCUGCCAUGAAGCCAGAUGAUCCCAGUCGUCAUGUCACUGAUGUCAACAACACUGAAGAAGCCAAAUAAGUUUUUCAUAACAAUGUUAUGUAGCCGCAUAUUUAUAAUAAACAUUAAGUGUUCUUAUUUCACUUUUAUUCUAUUGUUCUCUAAAAUAUUUGUAAUUUAUUUGCCUCCUCCUCACUUCUAAAAAAUCUACAGCUUAUUUUAAAAUAAUAGGCAGACAUUUUUGUAAUCCUAUAAUAAAACUAAUCAAUCCAAAAUUAUUUGGAAUCAAAAAAAAAAAAAAAAAUGCUAAACUAAGUGGUAUAUUUUACGUAGCAGAAAUGCUACAAAAACAUUGGUAUAUAGGAAGCUUUUUAAAAUAAAUAUGUUUAUUUUGUAAUAGGUUUCAAUCGCCAAAAUCACUAAAGUUCCCAAAACGGCAACUCUGUUUUAAUAAGUGAAAAAGCGGAUUUCCGAAGUUCUUAAAAGAACGUAGUACCACCCUUAUGUGAGGAAUAUCAGAUCGAAUAAAACAUCGUUUUAAGAUUUAAAAAAAAAUAACUGUAACAAGCAUUUGACAUUUUGAGUUAUUGCAAAAUCAAAAUAAAACUGAAAUAAUUGUACUCAGCUGUUCACAUGAUCUCACUCAGCUGAGUGCAUUCUGGUUA